AUGAGCUCGACAGGAAUACUUUCACUGUGUGCGCGACGUUCAAUUCGUCCACUUCAAUUUCCUAUGGGCGUGUUUCAGUUACAGAAAAGACAACUUCAUGAUCAAAGCGAAGCCCAGGCAGCGGAUUCCAAUCCAGCGUAUGACUUCGUUCGACGUCAUCUCGGUCCGAAUGAACGACAGACAAAGGAAAUGCUUCAAGCAUUAGGCCUGAAAUCCAUGGACGAACUAAUCGAUAAAACAGUUCCAGCCGCUAUUCGCUUUCGUGGAAACAUGAAUAUUCCUGAAGCACUUUCGGAGCAUCGCGCUUUGAAAGAAGCGGAGGAAAUUGCUUUUCAAAACGAAGUAUGGCGCUCAUACAUAGGUAUGGGUUAUAACGAUUGUAUUAUUCCAACAGUAAUUCAACGAAAUCUAUUCGAAAAUCCUGGCUGGUAUACGCAAUACACACCUUAUCAGGCAGAGUUGUCUCAAGGGCGUUUAGAAAGUUUACUAAAUUAUCAAACAGCCGUCAGUGAUAUCACAGCACUUCCCUAUGCGAAUGCUAGUUUACUCGAUGAAGGCACAGCCGCUGCUGAAGCCAUGGCAAUGUGUUUUCGUCAUAAUAAACGUCCACGAAUGUUUGUUAGCGAUCAACUUCAUCCACAUGUGAUUGAAGUUAUUCGAACACGCGCUGGUGGAUUUCGUACACAGGUGGAAGUUUUACCAAUUGAGAAAAUGGAUUUUUCGAAAAAAGAUGUGUCUGGUGUUAUUUUUCAAUAUCCUGACACAACCGGAAAUAUAUGUGAUCCUUCCGGAUUAAUUGCUCGAGCUAAAGAAAACGGAACUGCUGUUAUCUGUGGUUCAGAUUUGCUUGCUCUUUGCCUUCUUAAACCUCCUGGUGAAAUGGGCGUGGACAUCUGCUAUGGCAAUUCUCAACGAUUAGGUGUUCCACUAGGUUUUGGUGGUCCACAUGCAGCUUUCUUUUCGUGUGCAGAAACAUUUAAACGUGAUAUGCCUGGCCGAUUAGUUGGUUUAACAAUCGAUUCACAUGGAGCCAAAGCUUAUCGUUUAGCACUUCAAACGCGUGAGCAACAUAUCCGACAGGAGAGAGCUACAAGCAAUAUCUGUACUGCACAAGCAUUGCUCGCCAAUAUGGUUGCCAUGUAUUGUUUGUACCAUGGAAGACAAGGUCUCCGGAACAUAGCUACGAAAAUUCAUGUGCUAACCUGUGAUCUUGCCGAAAGUGUCAAAGCCGGUGGACAUUCAAUCAAAAACGAACUCUUCUUUGAUACAUUAAAAAUCAAACCACGAAUGAGUAUCGACGAAAUCAAACAACGUGCGCAAAAAAAACGCAUCAAUUUACGUUAUCAUGAUAAUGGUAGUGUUGGUGUUUCAUUAGAUGAAACAAUGAAUGAGAAUGACGUUGCCGAUUUGAAAUGGAUAUUUAAUGUUGAGAAUCAAUCAUCAAGUGAAACAACACAACGUCCACGUGAUUUUGGUAACUUAACCCGUCAAAGUCGUUUUCUAAAUGCUGAAAUAUUCAAUAAAUAUCGAUCUGAAACGAAAUUAAUGCGCUAUAUGAAACAUUUAGAAAACAAAGAUAUUUCAUUGGUACAUUCCAUGAUCCCACUAGGUUCAUGCACAAUGAAACUGAAUGCUGCGGCGGAACUAACUCCAUGCUCAUGGGCACAUUUUAAUCGGAUCCAUCCAUUCGCUCCAUCCUCGCAAUGGAAAGGUUAUGUUCGAUUACUCACUGAUCUUAAUCAAUUUCUAUGUGAAAUUACUGGUUACGAUAAGAUAUCAUUUCAGCCGAAUAGUGGAGCUCAAGGAGAAUACGCAGGCUUGCGGGUAAUACGAGCAUACCAUGAACACAGCGGUCAACCACAGCGACGAGUUUGUUUGAUUCCAAUAUCUGCUCAUGGAACGAAUUUUGCAUCAGCUAUCAUGGCUGGAAUGAAAAUCGAAAAAGUUCAGUUAGAUAAAAACGGAGCUGUGGAUAUGAAACACUUAGCUCAAAUAGCUGAAAAACAUAAGGACACACUUGCCUGUGGUAUUGUUACAUAUCCAAGUACCAGUGGAGUUUUUGAGGAAACAAUCAGGGAAUUCUGCGAAAUUAUCCAUAAGAACGGUGGCCAAGUAUACCUUGACGGAGCAAAUAUGAAUGCUCAAGUUGGUUUAUGUCGUCCAGGUGACUAUGGUUCAGAUGUGUCACAUCUGAACUUACAUAAAACAUUCUGCAUUCCACAUGGUGGUGGUGGACCUGGCAUGGGACCUAUUGGAGUUAAGAAACAUCUUGCACCAUUCCUUCCAAAUCAUCCUCUAUUGGAACGUGGUUCCGAGCACAAUUCAGAAGAUUCGUACGGUCCUGUUUCAGCAGCUCCAUUUGGUUCUGCAUCGAUUUUACCAAUCUCUUGGAUGUACAUUCGAAUGAUGGGCGCUGGUGGUCUUCGACGUGCAACAGAAACAGCAAUACUCAAUGCUAAUUACAUAGCUAAACGUCUCGAAUCAUCAUACAAAGUCUUAUUUCGUGGCAAAAAUGGUUUUGCUGCACACGAAUUUAUCAUUGAUGUGAGUCCGUUUAAAGAGCGUACAAAUGUGGAUGCCGUUGAUAUUGCCAAACGUUUACAAGACUACGGUUUCCAUGCCCCCACCGUUUCCUGGCCGGUGGCUGGCUCAUUAAUGAUUGAACCAACAGAAUCUGAAGACAAAAAUGAACUCGAUCGAUUCUGUGAUGCAUUAAUUGAAAUUCGAAAGGAAAUCUCUCAAAUCGAAAGCGGAGAAUUCGAUAAGAAAAACAACCCACUGAAAAAUGCACCACAUUCACAACAUGUUUUUCUUCAUGAGAAAUGGACUCUGCCUUAUUCAUUGAAUAAAGCUGUUUUUCCUAUUCAUUUUGUUUCACCCAAUUACAAAUUUUGGCCAUCAUGUGGACGUGUGAAUGAUGUUUAUGGUGAUAAGAAUCUAAAAUGUCGCGUGGAUUAG